GUUGAGAUGUCUUCUUCUCAUCUUCCUUCGCAAUCAAGAGAUCCUAUUAUGGAUGACGAUAAAUUCUCCUUACGCUUCGGUAAUCCAAUUCAAGAAAUUCAUAAUACCAAUCCUUCAAAAGCUACUACCUUUACACCUUACCAAAAUCUCAACGCACCAUCCAUAAUAUACAACGGAACAGAAAAAACUCAGCAUGCUCCUAAAAGCACCAAUAAAAGUAACCACACAAUGUUUCAUCCAUCAUUAUCAUCAUCUAUUAACCGAGAUGUUGGUAAUUUUGCUGAUUUCUAUCAUAAAACAAAUGGUCGUGUAGAUGAAAUUGAUCAUUAAAGUAUAGUAAUAAUAAAUAAAAAAAGAACAAAAACUGUAUACCGAAACCGUCCUCCUGAAUCCCGUUUUUACAUUUUGAAAUGUACCCUCACAAGAUUCAAC